UACACAGCGCUAUGGUUUGUUUACCUUCUUUUUUCAUAUUUUAACUUUUAACCAAUUUUAGGCAUACAAUGACUGAUUGGCGAGCGCUUUUCACAGUGCAGAUUUCGGAAAAGUUUGGGUACGUUAAUACUGUGGAAGAUGCAGAUCGCCUACUAAAGUUAUUUUUCGUAUCAACUACUUCACGAUUUGUCACCAACAAGGUUCAAGCAACACACUUCGGAAAGACAGACUUUAAAUCUAAGCCCCAUAAACUGAUAUGGGAAAGUGAGGCAACAAAAUACCAACCAGCCAUCACAUACGAUGGAACGCCAUUUAUGAAGGUCAAUUUGAAAAUGUUAAACUGUCAAUUUGGAAUAGACAAGUCUGUCAGCAGGAAAAGGAAGUUAAAAGCUAAAAAAGAGGAAGAUGAAGCAAAUGGGAUAUUCAAGAAGAGUCGUAAUCGAAUCUUCUGUAAGAAACGGAACUGCCCAGCCAAUGUUGCCUUGUCUGAAAUUAUUAGGUUUCCAGAUUUCACUCUUGAGGUUGAUAGUGCAAAGAGUAGACGCCAGAUGUCAGAACAUUUUCUAAACUCCAUACAAAACGGCAACAUGAAAAUAGACCGGCGAAUUUUUAUUACUCUACCUGAACAGACUGACCACAAGUUUCAUCCUUUCACAAGCGAACUGUUUGUGCCUCUUAAAUACUCAAGAAAACCUGGAAUGCUUGCUGCAUUAGCCUCAUCAACAGGACGUGUUGAGGACAUCAGCGUCAGUAAGAUCCCAGAUUUAGAAACUGCAGGAGACAAUAUGGUUCUUAUCAAAGUUUAUGCCAGUGCUGUAAAUAGAGACGACAUUGAUCGGAGAAAGAGUUUCACCUCAGCAGAAGAACCACAUGUUUUAGGGUAUGAAGCUGCAGGUAUUGUCAUUGCAGCUGGUUGUGGAUCAAAAUGGUCACUGGGUGAGAGAGUGAUGGCAUACCUACCAGGUGGUGGUUGUGCAGAACAAGUAAUUGCACACCAGGACCAUGUUAUGCUUGUGCCUCGUUUGAUGACACUCUCGUCAGCUGCAGCCAUUCCUCAGGCGUGGGUGACCGCAUACCAUCUUCUGUAUCAUGUUGCUUGUAUGAAAGCAGGUGACAUUGUCUUGAUUCAUGCCGGUGCAAGUGGUGUUGGCACAGCACUUGUCCAACUAGUCACCAUGGCCGGUGGUUGUGCAAUUGUGACUGCGGGUUCACAGGGUAAAAUUGAUCUAUGCAAAUCGUUAGGUGCGUCUGCUGGGUUCUGUUAUAAAUCGUUGGAUGUUAGGAAAGACAUUGCUAGUUAUCUUGAAGGAAGGGGAGUGAAUUUGAUUUUUGAUUGUGUUGCUGGUAUUCACUGGCAGUUGAACAGUAACUUCAUUGCGACAAAUGGUACUUGGAUAAUUUAUGGACUUAUAAGUGGACCAUUUAUUGCUGGAGACAUGAGACCACUUCUCACCAAGAAUGUAACCAUCAAGACAUCUUCCUUAAGAAGCCAUUCACACGAGUAUGUAUCAGAACUUAUAGCAUCAUUUACCAAGAAAGUGCUCCCAUACUUCCAACCAAAUUCUGAAUAUGAACUCAGUCCAGUUAUCAACAAGUACUACAAACUGGAUAAGAUUAUUGACGCUCACAAGUUUCUUGAGUCAAACCAAAACAUUGGAAAAGUAAUUAUUAGCAUCAGAGAAGAGGUAUGCACAGAGAUAGAGCAGAAAGAAAAAGAAAUUGAUAUUGCACAUACUGUUCAGAGGUUGUCGAAGAGUGGCAAAGAGAUUAUUAUCAAAUUGGAAAACUCUGACUCAUUUGAGAAAUUUCAUGGAGAGGUGUGUGAAGCACAAACCACCUCUGCCAUUUUCUCUGAAGAACACACAAUGUCAAUUGAGGAAGCUGCUGACACUCAGCCCCACGAUGUGACACAAGCUGCUCAGAAAAAGAUGAAACAUGACCAGAAAAAUUUAGUGGUUCUGAAUGGUAAUAACCAAGAUCACCAGUCUGGGUCUAGUGUGGCUGAAGUUGCAUCGAUUGCUGUAGAACCACAGAUACAGUAGUUGAGUUCAUCUCAUCAGAAGAGAUGGUUGAAACCUCAUGUAUGGUAGUUAACUCAGAGUGUGUUGUUUAAUUAUAAUUGUAUGGUAAU